ACGUUAGUUGAGUUAUCCACUGCCACGCUGAAGAAGUUGGUGUUGAUGAAGCAUCUUAAGCUACUUUUGGUCUGCGUCAGCGCCUGUGUUAUGACUCUAGGAGCUAAAGACCCACAUAUAAAACCAACUCUGUGCCGGCCCGAUCUCUGUCCGCACUCGCAGAAUCAUUUGGGCUGCUUAAGCAACAAUACUUUUGGCAAGAAAUGCGGUGAUAACAACUACAUCAUCAACGUGAAUGGUGGCCUUCGGCUGAGCAUUCUCGACCGGAUCAAUGUGAUGCGCAACUACAUAGCCAGCGGAGCGGGACAUUUACCGGCGGCCGCCCGCAUGCCCACGAUGGGCUGGGAUACCAAUCUGCAGCGUUUGGCCGAUCUUCAGGCGCGGCAGUGCGACGAGAAUGGCUGGUUCUGUGCCAACAUGGAUAAGUAUCACUAUGUGGCCACCACCGAGACCAAGGUCAUGGUCAGCUGGCGCACCGUCAUACAUCAAGUAAUUCUUGUGGGACUUUUGCCGGAGCUGUUCCUGGAUGCCUUGGGCUGUAAAAUGGGCACUGAGUACCGGUUGGAACCCAUUAAACAGGGAUCCUGCGUGGGCCACUAUGUACCGCUGAUUGAGGAUCAUGGCGACCGGAUGGGCUGUGCCCUUCGCUUGAAGACAGACAAAAACACCACACGCGAGGACCGAACCGUGGUACUUCAUCUCAUCUGUCACUUCUCGCGGUCCAAUGUGAACAGGCAGAAGCACUACGAGGAGGCCAAAGACCCCACAUCGAAAUGUGUCACCGGACCGAAUCACCUGUACCCGUAUCUCUGCAGCACCGAUGAGGUAGUGGAUGCCAAUGAAAUUAUGGAGGAGCCUGCAGAUUCCCCCUAGCUGGAUCCCUUCUUAACUGUGUCUAAAUAAACCGAUGAAAUUGCCUACCGUA